GACACGCUGAUAAUAAUGAAGAUAGCAUUGUUGAUGUUGCUCAUGAUUUUAAACCUCCUGUCUUUAAAACUGAUCAAAUGCACUGAAGUGUUCGCUCCAGGGAAUAUCAUCAUUGGGGGGCUUUUUCCCAUCCACACCACAGUAGAGCAGCUAGGUAACUUCUAUGAUCUCGAGGCUCCCUGCAACAUUCUGAGUCCAGCCGGUCUGGCUCAUUCUCUGGCCAUGAUCCAGGCAGUGGAAACUGCAAAUAUCUCACCUGAGUUAACACACCUGGGCAUCACUCUCGGGUAUCACAUCCACGACACAUGUUCAGACGUCACCACCACGCUCAGAGCUGUCAAGGAUUUUACUGACGACUGCAUGCCGGGAACAAACACAUCCCGAUAUGUCCGGCCUGUGAAAGCAGUGAUUGGCGCCUACAAUUCUGAGAUGUCUAUCGCUGUGGCAAGAAUGCUCAACCUGCAGCUCAUACCUCAGAUCAGUUAUGCUUCCACAGCAGACAUUUUGAGUGAUAAGAGUCGUUUCCCAGGGUUUUUACGCACCGUCCCAAGCGAUGUGCACCAGACAAGCGCCAUGGUUCAGCUCCUGAGUGAGAGGAAGUGGACAUGGGUGGGUUUUCUGACCACUGACGGAGACUACGGACGCGCUGCUUUAGACAGUUUCAUUUCUCAGGCAACUAACUCCGGCAUCUGUGUGGCCUUUACAGAAAUCCUACCUGACUCUCUGAGUGAUACUCGCAAGCUGGAAGCCAAAAUCUUUCACACUGUUCACACCAUCCAAACAAACCCAAAAGCGAAGGUCAUUGUAUCGUUUGCCAAACCAGAACACAUGAAGAGGGUGUUCAGUUUGCUGCUGGAGCUCAGCACAGAUCAGCGGCUCUGGAUUGCGAGUGAUAACUGGUCUAUGGCAGGAGAUGUACUCAGUCCUGAGCAACUGGAAAGUGUUGGAUGGGUGCUGGGUUUUUCUUUCAAAAACAAAUACAUCACAAACUUUGAGGAAUAUGUACAGCAUUUAGAACUGAACAGCGAUGCUCAAAGCAACAACUCAUUUCUCAAAGAGUUUUAUUCCUCUCUUGCAACCUCAGUGAACGCGAGCAAGGCAAAUGUUUCCACCGCUACAGAUAAGCUCAUAGCAAGUGCUCAGGUAGGCGUGGUGUUCAGCAUUCAGAUGGCGGUGAAUGCUAUCGCGCAGGCAGCGGCAUUCAUCUGCAAAAACAUCGACUGCAUGGCUUCAGAAGCUAUAAAACAUCAGGAGCUGCUGUCUGUGUUGAGGACCAGAAGCUUCGAGUUGGAUGGAGUCUCGUACGAGUUUAACGAGGAUGGAGAUAUUAACCUUGGCUAUGACGUCUCUCUGUGGAACUCUAACGGAAUAAAAGUAGAGACGUUGAAUGUCAUAUCUCACUAUCAGCCAUCGGACAGAAGCCUGAACACCACUGAAUUAACGCUGAGUUUGGUUUCUAAAUGCUCAAAGAGCUGUGAACCAGGACAAUUUAAAAAAAGUGUUGAGGGUCAACACACCUGCUGUUAUGAGUGCAUCAGCUGCGCACAGAAUCAAUACACCAACAACACAGACAUGGAUCAGUGCUACAGCUGUGAUGAGGACAGCGAGUGGUCUGAGUCUGGAAGUUCAGCAUGUAAUGAGAAGGGGGUGGAGUUUUUCUCCUGGAGUGACCCCUUUGCGGUGGUACUGCUCUCUCUCUCAGUUCUUGGUGUGGUUGUGGUUUUUGCUGUAUCCGUUGUUUUCUUGCUGCACAGAGAUUCUCCGGUGGUGAAGGCAGCUGGUGGCUCAUUGUGUCAGCUGAUCCUUUUGUCUCUGAGUGGAAGCUUUGUGAGUGCCAUGCUAUUUGUGGGAAAGCCAACAGCUUUGCAGUGUAAAGUGCGUCAAGUUCUUUAUGGACUCAGUUUCACUGUGUGUGUGUCCUGCAUCCUUGUCAAGUCUCUGAAGAUCCUGCUGGCAUUCCACAUGAACCUGCUGCUAAAGCAGCUGCUCUAUCGCCUCUAUAAGCCGUACGCCAUUGUGAGCAUGUGUGUGGCAUUGCAGGUUGUGACCUGUGCAUGCUGGCUGAUCAUGAAAAGCCCUGAAUCAACAUCUACUGUGUUCCUCAGGAGUGUCCUACAGGAGUGUGAUGAGGGCUCGUAUGUGGCUUUUGGAGUGAUGCUGGGAUACAUUGCAUUACUAGCUCUAGUGUGCUUUGCCUUUGCUUUCCAAGGACGCAAACUUCCACAUAAAUACAACGAAGCAAAAUUCAUUACCUUUGGUAUGCUCAUCUAUCUCAUUGCAUGGAUUAUUUUCAUCCCGACAUACGUCAACACAAAAGGGAAAUACCUCCCGGCCGUGGAGAUGAUCGUCAUCCUGAUAUCCUGCUACGCUAUCCUGAGCUGCCACUUCUUCCCCAAGUGUUACAUCAUCUUAUUCAGGAAGACACAAAACACCAGAGACGCCUUCGUUAGGAGCAUUUAUGAAUAUUCCAAAAAGACCGUGGGAAAUAUACAUCCACCCCAAACUGAGAAAUAUGUACCAUAUGCCAUGUCCAACCCAAGUUUUGUUCCUAAAGAAUGACAGAAUAAGAAUCACACCCAUAUCAGCAAAUAUACAAAAUUCAUACGUCAUGCUUCUAUUUUUGAAUUUUAUUUUAUUUUACA